AAAUGUUCUAACCAUGGAAGAAACAACAAAAAGCAUUCUUUCUAUAAUCGCCGUGAUAAUGGUUGGUCUCAUUCUCAUGACGGCCACUGGCCUCAUUGUCUAUUACGGAUUCUGCCCAGUCAGUCAAACUACAGACAGUAGCGCCGCCACGUCUGCCUCAAAGUGCAACUGUCCUCAGCUACCGACAUGUCCUCUUCGUGUCUACUGUCCCGUGGAACCAGCAGAGCCUUGUCCACCUCAUCCACUGAUGCCGGCCCCGGCCGACCCCAGCGUUUGCAUCCCGCCUUGUUGCACGGAACAAAAGACCAUCUCCCAUUCGACCGAUCGACCUGUGCUGGAAAAAUGGACAGAAGAGCAACUGAUGAAUCAAACGGUCCUCGAAUGGGUGAUGGCCUAUCCGCCCAACUCGAUGGGCCGUCUCAACGUGCUCACCCAGUUGAUGGAACUCGGCGUGGAGCCUUACGUGCGUGCGAUGAGCCGACGCAAUUGCCAAGCGCCGUACAGGAUGUGCACCAUGUGCCAUUCGGAUCGUUACGAGUUCCUGCGCUGCGCCAUGCGGACCAGGGUGACGGCCAACAAGCACGGCUACAAGUCGACUAAUAAAUUAAAGAAAAUGAGUUGGGAUUUCUUGAAAAAUUACGCGGCCGACGCGUAUUGGCAUUCGCAGAAGUACGACAACCUGCUGACUCGCGAUGAUUACCAGCCUCUCAGCGACGCCUACCGGGCCUUUUGGUUCAUCGGCAACGAUGGCGGCCUCAGCGCCGAAUGUUCUUGGUGUCGCGACGCUUUCGAACCGUCCGUCCACAUGAAUUGCAUCCGCGAUGGUUGGGGCAGCAUCUAAAAAUUGAGUUGAUUUCAUUCGCUAUAAACUUGAGAAUUGAUUGACAAUACAAAAUCUUGACUCUUAAA